GCUGUGGCUAGAAGAUGCAGAGCAACCCAAAAACCCGCCUACAAAUAUUGUUAUUUUGAUUAGAUUACAGAUUACAGAAUGGAGCCGCCGUACGCCCCGCUAAGUGAAUCCUGCGCCAAGGCGCUGGGUGACAAGGUGUAUGAGAAACGAAAAUUGGCUUCGCAGGAAAUCGAGAAAAUGGUCACGGAAUUUAACAAUAAGAACAAUUCGGCACAGAUCCGUAAGCUGAUUGAGGUGCUAUCCACGGAUUAUGCCACAUCCCGAGAUGCAAACCGAAGAAAAGGGGCGCUCAUCGGUCUCGCAGCCAUGGGAUUAGGGCUGGGCAAGGACUCGGGAAAAUAUGUCCAAGGUCUGGUGCCGCCCAUCAUGACCUGCCUAUCAGAUCCAGAUCUGCGUGUACGCUACUUUGCCUGCGAGUCACUGUACAACGUGGUUAAGGUGGCCAGAUCUGCCAUCAUUCCUUUCUUUCCAGAGCUUUUCGCAGCAUUAUCCCGACUCGUCACCGAUUCAGAUCAGAUGGUUAAAGAUGGCAGUGAAUUGCUGGAUCGCUUGCUGAAGGACAUUGUCACAGAAUCAUCGCAGACCUUCAAUCUGGAGGCAUUCAUUCCUUUGCUGCGUGAGCACAUCUAUGUGAAGGAUGCAUUUGCCCGUCAAUACGUGAUCUCAUGGAUAUCGAUCCUGAACGCUGUGCCAGACAUUAACAUGGUUAACUACUUAACCGAGAUUCUGGACGGACUCUUCGUUAUGCUUGAGGACAACACGCCCGAGAUCCAGCGCAUGUGUGAGACAACAAUCAGUCAGUUUCUAAAGUCCAUAAGGAAUGACUCGUCAUCCGUUCGAAUGGAAGACACCAUCAAUACGCUAAUAACCCAUGCACAAUCGCCCAAUGAGCUAAUCAAAUCCAUUGCAAUCACCUGGAUCCGGGAGUUUGUCCAGAUAUUUGGCCCUAACGUAUUACCUUAUGCUAGCGGAAUAUUUACAGCGAUAUUGCCGUGUCUGGAGUACAAUGUGGAGUCCAAGAGGAGUAUUAAAGAGUGCGCAGUAUCUGUUAACAACUCGAUGAUGUUGCUGGUGUCGAAUAAAGAGCUGAAGACGAAGACAGUAGCGAAGAUUGAUUUACGUUCAAUUAUGGAUGUACUCUCUCAGUAUCUCACGCACAAUUCCAUGCACACAAAGAUCGCUGUAUUGAAGUGGAUCCACCAUCUUUUCACCAAUUUUCCAAAUGAAAUGUCCGAGCACGCUAGUAACUUAAAUAAUAAUCUUUUGUUAACGUUGGCCGACAACUCGGACGAGGUAGUUCUCCAAAGUUUGUCCGUUUUAGCAGAAAUAGUUAAUUCUCAGGAUAGUAGAGAAUUGAAUGACUUCGACAAAUCGCACUAUCGCAAGUUUUUACUUAGCUUAUUGAAUCUCUUCAAUGAGGAGAAACUCAUAUUGGAGAACAGAGCCAGCCUUAUUAUAAGAAAACUCUGUGUGUUGCUGAAUGCCGAAUAUAUUUACCGGACCUUUGCAGAAAUAAUAGCUGAGGAGCCAAACUUAAAGUUUGCAUCAACGGUUGUGCGACUGCUAAACAUUAUUUUGCUCACCUCAACUGAGCUCUUCGAGUUGCGUACCAGUCUGAGAAAUAUUUCCAACGAAAAGUCAGCAGAUCUCUUUCAAUGCCUUUAUAAAAGUUGGGCCCACUGCCCGGUAUCAACACUGUCCCUCUGCUUGUUGGCCCAGAGCUACCAGCAUGUAUCUCAUUUGGUUACAUUGUUUGCUGAUGUUGAAAUCACCUUGGAGCUGCUUACCGAACUAGAUAAAUUAGUUCAGUUGAUAGAGUCUCCCAUAUUUGCUCCAUUACGUCUCACGCUCGUUUCCAAAGCGAAUAACUGCGCGGAUGCCCAGUACUUGGCUCAUGCCUUGUUUGGCAUCCUGAUGUUGCUACCACAGACAGAAGCUUUUGAUACUCUUCGGAAUCGUCUGCAAUGUGUACCAAACUACUGGGGUCACGAACCUAUAGAUGAGCGAAACUCACUGGAGUACAAAAGUCGCAUAGACUUCAAUGCUUUGGAACAGCACUUCAUUAAAUUGCAAAAAGCACACCGGGAGCAGCGUAUUGUACACCGGAAACGGAGUGUAAUUACUCCUGAAAGUAACUAGACUUCUUAAGCAUACCCUUUUUAUGUAGCCUGUGAUUCAGUGUGCAGUUAUUUAAUUCACAUAUUUUAUUUAAAUAAAUUUGAAUCUAAUAUACCCU